AUUAAACGUUUAGCAUAGGGCUUUAGAAACUGUUAUGCUGGACAAGUUGGAUCCAAGAGCAAGAAACAAGAGGCUAGCAUAUACUGUAGUAGAUUUUUUUUUUGACAGCAAUUUAACAUAUAGAUUCUUGUAAAGCGCAUGGAUCCAAUAGCUUGGUUGUGGCUUGUCAGACAGCUGGGACAAACCUUGCCCUCUCUGAAAGUCAUGCUUAAAAAAUUCGCCACUAGCUUUGCAGGCAAAACUGAACAAUUAUACUAUUUCGUCAUAAUUGCCAUGCAUCGUUAUUUUAACACAACAGCUAUUACUACUACUCACUCUGAUGAGAUUCAAAAGUCCAAGUGACCAAGCGCCCGUAGACAGUAGAAAUCACCGGGGCAGCGUCGAAAAGACCAACAACCACGGCACCGCCUGUACUGUCCACCUCCUUGCCGCGAUCCCACCCGCUAAUCGCCGUACGUAUAAUAAGGACGAGGGGUCACCUCCUCGAGGAUUUCAAGUCAUUGCCUGCUCUGCUGUUCAGCGCCCCGGGAGCAGCAAGCCAUGGCGUCAGACUUCGAGCCUCUCCUCCCCGGCGCCGGCUCCGAUCGCCGCCCCGUCAGCGGCGGCUGGAAGUCCGCUAUGUUCAUAAUCUGGGUGGAGGUGGCGGAGCGUUUCGCGUACUACGGCAUCUCGGGCAACCUCAUCAGCUACCUCACCGGCCCGCUCGGGGAGAGCACGGCCGCGGCGGCGGCCGGCGUCAACGCGUGGUCGGGCGCCUCGUCGAUGCUGCCGCUGCUCGGCGCCGCCGUCGCCGACUCGUGGCUUGGCCGGUACCGCACCAUCGUCGCCUCCUCCGUGCUCUACAUCGUGGGUCUAGGGAUGCUGGCGCUCUCGUCCAUGUUCUCAGCACCUCAGACACAACAGUGCACCCUCUCCGCCGGAGGUCAGCGAGCAUGCUCGUCUUCCAGCUCUCUCCAGACGGCCUUCUUCUACGUCUCGCUCUACCUGGUGGCCGUCGCGCAGAGCGGACACAAGCCCUGCGUGCAGGCCUUCGGCGCCGACCAGUUCGACACGAUGGAUCCCAGAGAAUCGUCGUCUCGGAGCUCCUUCUUCAACUGGUGGUACUUUGGGAUCUGCGCAAGUGCGACCGUCACAAUCGCGCUCAUGAGCUACAUCCAGGACAACGUCAGUUGGGGCGUUGGCUUCGGCGUGCCGUGCUUGGUCAUGAUGCUGGCACUCGCCGUAUUCUUGUUUGGUACCAAGACAUACCGGUUCUACGACUCAAGCAAUGGCCAGGGCGCCAGCAUCUUCGCCUGCGCCGCCGUGGUCUUAAAUGCAUGGAGGCAGAGGAGGUCGACAGAAGGUGGCGCGUUAGCAGAGCACAACAUUGUGAUUUUGGAAGAGGUGAGGAGCAUGGCGAAGCUGUUCCCGAUAUGGGCCACAUGCCUGCCCUAUGGCGUGGUGUUCGCGCAGCCGCCGACGUUGUUCACCAAGCAGGCGGCCACUUUGGACCGAAGGGUCGGGUCGUCGUCGUUCCAGGUACCCCCCGCGGCGUUGCAAUGCUUCAUGGGCAUCAGCAUGAUUACCUGCGUCGUGUUGUACGACCGCGUCCUGGUGCCCGUGGCACGAAGGUUCACCGGCGCCGCCUCGGGCAUCACCAUGCUCCAGAGGAUCGGCACGGGCAUGGCGCUAGCCCUGGCCGCACUGGUGGUCGCCGCGCUGGUGGAGAUGACACGGUUGAACACAGUGAGGGACGCUGGCAUCGUGGAUCAGCCAGACGCGGUUGUCCCCAUGAGCCUGUGGUGGAUCGUGCCACAGUACGUGCUCCUGGGCGCGGCAGACGUGUUCACCAUGGUCGGCAUGCAGGAGUUCUUCUACGACCAGAUGCCCGGUGCGCUUAAGAGCCUCGGGCUCGCGCUCUACCUGAGCGUCGUCGGCGUCGGCAGCUUCAUGAGCAGCUUCCUGAUUUCAGUCAUUGACGGCGUGACGAAGAGGGAUGGUGGGACGAGCUGGUUCGCCGACAACCUCAACCUGGGCCAUCUCGAUUACUUCUACCUGCUUCUUGGUGCGCUGACCGCGCUGGAGCUUCUUGCUUACCUUUACUUCUCAUCGUCUUACGUUUACAAUCGAAAGAAUGUCGAUGUUCAUUGAUACGUACAUUGGUCGAAGGUUUAUACUUACCAACUAUGCGACAAUUCAUCCAGGUGCUGAUUAUGGGCGCAAAUGUUGAGAUUAGCAUUCGAGAGAAAAUGGGCACAUAAGGGUAAUCGCAAGCAUAUAAACUUGACUGAAAGCUU